AUGCUGCAAGGACUUGAAACAUACGAAUGCAUUUUUCGAUGGUCGGCAAGAUUAACGCCAGGAUUUUGCGCACCGCUAUGUUUAUCAGCAUUUUUCACGCAAGCACCUCUGCGUAACGUGGUAUUCUGGAUAGCAUUUGCAAGCAUUUUAUGCUGUUUUUGUGUCUAUGCCGCUUAUCAUCGGAACAAUCGUUACUUAUUAGUGCCAUUUAUUGCUUUUAAGUGUAUUGUAUUCAUGUAUUUGGCACUCACAAUUAUUUAUGAUAUUGAAUAUAUUCGGUAUUUUGAUGCAGAAAGAAAUAUUCGUCAGCAAAGAGCGGAGGAAAGACGAGAAGAACAAGAAAAUAUUGUUGCAGAAGUUGGAAUCAAUUAA